UUUGUAUAACCAAGCAAUAAUCAUAUAGACAUUGUGAGGUUUGAUAUUUUAUAGUUAUUCACCACCAUUAUAUAAUUAAGACAUAAUGAGCACUCCUACUGUAAAAGUGAUUGAUAAGCGAUCUGUUCACCAAAUUUGCUCUGGACAAGUUGUUGUUACCUUAGCCACAGCUGUAAAGGAAUUAGUUGAAAACAGUUUGGAUGCUGGAGCAACAAAUGUUGAAGUCCGCCUUAAAAAUUGGGGUUCUGAUUCCUUAGAAGUUGUUGACAAUGGCUCUGGGGUUUUGCCAGAGAAUUUUGCAGCAUUGGCCCUAAAGCACCAUACCUCAAAGCUGAAUGUGUUUGCCGACCUGGUUGGUGUGGAAACUUUUGGGUUUCGUGGUGAAGCUCUUAGUUCAUUAUGUGCAUUGGGCAAUCUAACCAUAACAACCUGCCAUAAAACACAAGAUAUUGGAACAAGAAUUGAAUAUGACCAUGAUGGUCACAUAACAAAAGAACAAGCUACACCAAGGACCCAUGGUACCACUGUGACCCUACAGAACCUUUUCUCGACCCUUCCUGUUCGGCACAAGGAGUUCCAACGCAACAUUAAACGAGAAUACACAAAAAUGAUGCAGGUUUUGCAAGGGUAUUGUGUUAUCUCAACUGGUGUGAGGAUAAGUUGUUAUACCAUUGGUGAAAAGGGCAAGAAAUCUAUGGUUUUGGCAACACACGCAAACAGUGACAUGAAAGGGAAUAUUAGUAACGUCUUUGGUCCAAAACAGUUGCAAACAUUACUGGAAUUGAAACAGAUCAACCCCACCUCAGAAGACUGUGAUGAGUUGGGCUUGGAUGUGGCACAACUUGAAAGCAAUCCUGUGUUCAUUUUGACUGGCUUUGUUUCGCGCUGUGAUCACGGAGCAGGUCGGAGUGCCAAUGACAGGCAAUAUAUUUUCAUUAACAAACGACCCUGCGAUAUGCCGAAACUUACCCGAUUGGUCAAUGAAGUCUACCAUGCGUUUAACAGAAACCAGUACCCGUUUUUAUCGAUAAAUAUUGAUUUGCGAAAAGAUCUAGUCGAUUUAAACGUUACCCCUGACAAACGGCAAGUGUUUUUGCAGCAAGAAAAGCUUCUUUUAGCAACGAUGAAGAGCUCAUUGAAGGCCAUGUACGAUCCUGGAGGAUCGAACUACGAGACGAACCAAAAACCUCUCAACCAAAUCAAACUACCGUUUAUGAAACGCAAAGAAAACGAAGAGAAGACAACAAAUUCAUUCUCCAAGUCUAUCAAAGAUAGGUUGUUUGCGGCGGUGAAGGUUUCCAAAAAUAAAGAAAUGUCUUCAAUACUGAAGUUUACCACCACAGUUCCACCGUCGGCCGAAGAAAAGUUGGAUAAUUUUUCAGAAGUUGAAACGGAAGAGGCCGUGAGCUAUACCAUUACCUCAAGUGCGAAGAUUCUGCCAUUAAAUGCUUCUGAAGGUGGUUUGUUUGGCGUAACUAGUGUUAGAGAUGUACCCAUCUCAAAGAACAAAGUUGGGAAUCUACCUAGCGAGACGAAGGAAGAAUCCAAAGAUAAAGUGUUCACUGUAGAAAAUAAUACAAAUUUUGGAGAGAGUAUUAAUAAAAAUACAAAAUGCAACAUCAAAGAUUUGGAAUCGAUACAAAAGGAAGAUAACGAGUUACAAAACUUGACAAGAGAUGAAAAUAAGUGCGAGCCGUUGGAAGAAGAAAAACCAUACGAAAAUAGUGAACACGCUUGCCAAAGUUUUAACAUUAUGCAUGAGAAAUAUUCGUGUGAUUCGCGAGCUUUGAAACGUGGAAGAACAAGCGAUAUUUGCGAAGUUCAAUGCAAUACCAAGAAAGUGAAACUUGAUCAAGAAUGCGAGAAUGAUUUCGGGAAAAGUUCUCGAAAGAGCAUCACAGUUAAUUUCGAUCUUCAUGGAUUACCGCGUUCACGAACGUUUCGAGCAACCAUUGCGCCCGAGAGCAACCAGAAAGCCGAGGAGGAACUUCAGAAGCACAUCACGAAAGAAAUGUUCAGUAAGAUGGAAAUUAUCGGCCAGUUUAACCAAGGUUUUCUCAUAACGAAACUUGAGGAAGAUCUUUUCAUCAUCGACCAGCACGCUUCGGACGAGAAAUACAACUUUGAAGAACAACAGAAGAAUACUGUUUUGAAAUCUCAACGACUGAUUUGUCCUCGGUCUCUUGAGCUAACGGCGGUAAACGAAAGCAUUUUGAUGGAAAAUUUAGAGGUUUUUCGAAAGAAUGGUUUUGAUUUUGAGAUCAAUGAGGAUGCUCCUAUCUCGGAAAGGGUUAAACUUGCAUCGUUGCCCGUUAGUCGGAACUGGAGUUUUGGGAAAUCGGAUAUCGACGAAUUGAUAUUUUUGCUAAGCGAUAGUCCUGGAGUGAAUUACAGGCCUUCGAAUAUACGAAAGAUGUUUGCGAGCAGAGCAUGUAGAAUGUCCGUCAUGGUUGGUACAGCCUUAAAUGAUGGUCAGAUGAGAAGAAUUGUUGGUCAUAUGGGUGAGAUGGACCACCCUUGGAACUGCCCUCAUGGGAGACCCACAAUGAGGCAUUUAAUCAACUUGAACAUGAUUAGAAAGUAGAUAUAGUUAGCAAGAUAUGCAAGGUUUAGUUUAUAUUGCUCUAGCGCACAUUUCACCAAAAAAAGGGGGAGGGGAAAUGAAGUUAAUAACAAACACAGAAAAAAACUCGUAUUU